CUCCCACGCCACUCGCUCUCAUAAUGCGUGUAAAGGACGGCGGAGGUAAAAGUUGCUGCCUGCGUUGUUUUGAAUCGCUUCCAUGAAAGGCUGUCUGAGGCACAGCUUGUUUCAAAGUCUAUAGCCGAGAUGUUUUACAGGAGCAAAACCCUGAAAGAUGUGUUCAACCUUGUGCCUGGGAAACGACGUUUUGGUUCGUACAGGUUCCUUCCCAUCUUCUUUUGCAUCGGAGGAGUCAUGGAGUGGAUCAUGAUCAAUGUGAGGAUAGGACGAGAGACUUUCUAUGAUGUCUACCGAAGGAAACGUGCAGAGCGGGAGUACCAGCAGAAGAUUGUGGAUGGUCAGAUAGUUCUUGAUCAGCCUGCAGCCAAGUGAAUAAACUGACUUCUCAAACAUCACCUAAGAAUGCAUUGUUGGACUUGUGCUUCUUCACAAAUUUCAACAACCCCAUCGCAAUACUGACCAUUUUCAGCAAGUAAAGGGUUGAAUAUAUCAUGGACAACUCAUUUUUAGUAUGCAGGUUUUAUUGUGUAUUUGGUCAAUUCAAGAAUAAAGAUUAACACCACCGUGAUAAUACAGCUGGUAUAAGAUCAAGGCUGAAUAUAAUCACAGCAAAAGUUUCCUUUGUUCAUGGAAACAUACCAAGAUUGUGUUAGUGCACAAUGUUAAACACUGAAUAGCACCUGCCAAGACAUGACUGUUAAGUAAAAAGGACAAAAACAACAUAUUUGUGUUUAUAAUUUUAACAUAAGAAAAGAAGUUGUACAGUGGAUGUAUUGAGUGUAUAAAAAUGUUACUUAAAUUUA